AUGAUCCUGACGGCGAUGGCGUCGUGCGACACGGUCGUUCUCUUCUCCAAUCUCAUCUACACAACGCACUACUCGUUCGUCGCCUUCAAGUUCUGCCAUCCGAAGCACUGGUCCUACUCGUGGGCGCUGUUUCUGAUCGCCCACGCACAUCUCUCGCUCGUCGCUCACUCAUCAAGUGUCUGGCUGUCAGGUGGGUCAGCGCUUCGAGUCAAACUCUGAAGUUGAAAUUUUCAGUCAUGCUAGCGCUCAUUCGAUACGUGACGCUGAGGAGUCGAGGGAACAUGGGCGGGAUGCAAGUCACGCUGAGGCACUCCUACUACGCCGUCGCAGUCACAGUCUCGCUAGUGGCAGUGCUCAACGCACCCAAUUUCCUCAACUACAAGAUCAACGAGCAGCCGCUGAACGAGACUUGCACGGAUUUAGAUCCCAAGUUCUGGCACUCGUCCGCCUACCUGCCUGGCAUUGCGGAUAUUGCAAAAGCGAACAGUUGUCUAGUAAGUUGUACGCCUUCCGUCCCGCCCUAAUUGUCGUUUUCCUAGGUCUUCCGGUUGUCCUACUGGAUCUCCGGUCUAGUAUUCAAGUUGCUGCCGUGUGCGUUGCUCUCGUUGUUUGUUUGGCUGCUUCUCCGCAUCUUACGUGAAGUGCGUGAGAAUCGGCAACGCCUUCUCAAGAACUCUCAGCAUCGGCCUCCGAACCAGACGACUCGGAAUGGACAACGACUGAGCAUAACGGGCGCGACCAACGAGAAGCUCGGCAGGAACGGAAGUCUGCGGGGGAGGGGCGAACGAGUCGACCGGACGACGCACAUGCUGCUGGCGAUUGUGGCGGUGAUGCUGAUGACCGAGCUGCCGCAGGGGAUCAUGGCGGUGCUGUCGGGCAUGCUGUCGGAGGAGUUCCGCAUCUCCAUCUACAACAACCUCGGCGACAUUCUCGACUUGUUCUCUCUCUGCGGAUCCUGCUGCUCGUUCAUCAUCUACUGCUCGAUGAGUGGACAGUUCCGAAACGUGAGUUUUAUUUUCAUUUCAAUCCUGUCAAAUCUCAAACUUGAAUCGUCGUCGUUUAGGAGUUUCAUCGAGUAUUUGUUCCCACAAAGAUGAAGUGUCUUCGGCUGAGUUCUCCGUCGAUCCGACGUCCUUCCGAUGCCUACAGCACGACCAAAAUGACUUUUCUGAAGCCGAACGAGAAGAAUGGGAAUGGAAACGGAUUGGGCAAUUAUUCGGAAGAUACAAGGUCAGCAAGUGUGAAAGUAAGGGUCGAAUAGAAUGGUUCAAUAACACACGAACACUUUCAGAUGCUCGGAGGUCAGGUGCGACGAAACAGCACCGAAGUGACGAGGAUGAGCGGCUGCGAGUCGCUGACUCCGUGCUCUCCGAUGCCCGCCUCGUUCCCCUCCUCGCCGCUCCCGCCGAUCCGCAGCGGAGAGGAUGAGUCGAUGGACGAGACAUCGCACCUGCUCAACAGUUCGGGACACACUUCGACCGCCAGCGGCGACGACGGCAUUCGGGGUCACUUUCAGAACGUCUGA